CGAUGGCAGUGUUGGAUGUGUGUGCAAUUGUUAGCUGAAUGGCGCUGUCGCGAUUAGAAUAAUACAAAAAACCACCUUCAUUCCACAACACACCCUCCGAGCGCAGUGGGGGAAAACUAUUACAAAACAGUGUCCGCUCAUUGGUGCUCUCUCGUUGAUGUCUUCCAUGUAGUUUUUUUUGCUGAUUUAUUGUUAGUGGGUAAAUCUAUCAUAUUAUAUGUGCAUGUCACUAUCAGUAGUUCCAUUGCAUAGGUGAGAUAAUAUGUUUUAUCAGUGAUAUUUUGUUAUCGGUGCCUGGCCCAGGAAGAGUACUAGUGAGAAAAAGCGAAAGAGAGUGGCAUCGUAAUUUGGUGUUUGUUUUUUUUUGCAAGUGACCCUGAAAGUUAUCGAAUACACGAGGAUUUGAAGUUGUUAUCGUUAUUUUGGAGUACUUUGCAAUCGUUCGGGGCAAGUAGCAGGGUAAAAAGGAACCAAUUACAUGUUGUAAUCAUUCGUUACCUCGGAAGAGACAAGUGGUGAAGUGGAUUGAGAAUAAAAGUCAUCACUCAUCAUGGAUCAUUCGGAGCACCACGAUUAUAGCCAACAUAACAUGAAUCAUUCUGCUGGGAACGGAGGACACGGUAUAAUCCAUGAGUCAAUGGAUCACAGCCCAUCGGAGACUAUGAUAGACAACGGAGGCAGUCAUAUCGGUCACGGAGCUCAUGGAGACCACGUGGGUCAUGGUGGACAUGGCAGUAUGGAGGGCAUGGUGCACCACAUGAUGUCGAUGGCGUUCCACGGUGGCUGUAAUGAAACCAUUUUGUUUGAGCAAUGGAAAAUCGACAGCCCUCUCGGACUUCUGUGGUCGAUGUUGCUUAUUUUCAUUAUGGCUGCACUGUACGAGGGACUCAAAUACUACCGCGAGCAUCUGUUCUGGAAGACAUACAAUGCACUGCAGUACAGGCCCGUGACUGUGUCGGAGAAGAGCUCCCGGAACGGCACCAGCGGGAACAACAACGAAGACAUCGCGAACGGUGGCGGUGACGAUGGCACCCGGGUUGUACACAUGGUUGGAGAAGUAAUCCACAAACAACCCAGACCAACGAUGAUCUCGGCGAUGCACCUGUACCAAACCUUCCUGCACAUUCUCCAGGUGACACUGAGCUUCCUGCUGAUGCUCAUCUUCAUGACGUACAACACGUGGCUAUGUGUGGCAGUGGUUUCUGGUGCGGCCCUCGGUUACUUCCUGUUCGGCUGGAAGAAAUCGGUGAUUGUGGACGUUACCGAGCACUGCCACUAGUGGGACGAGGCUGCCCGCUCGAAGGCAACGCGCCGCGGUACAUGGAGUGGCAAGAAGUAUGCGGACAUAGUGAUAGCACACGUCCCGGAAUGGAACGAACGGGCCGUGAGCAAAUUAAAACUCAAAAAAACAUUUUUAUUGAUUAUUACAUUAACAACUGUGGAGAAAAGACUUGAACUUCGCUCAAUCUGGCCACCCACUCGGUCGGCGGAAGAAGUGAUUCGUGACCAGUUUUGUUUUGAUUUUGAAUUUUAUAACAUGUAGGAUUAUAAUACGAUUGAUGAUUCUCAGACAGAUACACACAACAAGUAAAACAGACAUAAUGUAUAGAUUUUGUUAGUUGUAUUAUUGGAAUUUUUUGUAGGAUGUACAAAGGAGAAAAAAUGGGAGGUAAGCCUAUAUCGCCACGAAACACAGGUGUUUAUAUAUUAGAAACUCUAGCAGGAUGAAAAAGCUUUUAGAAAGCUGUGAACCAUGAAGGAUACAACAGAACAUUUGAAGCAGUUAAGUGAAACAAGGAUUUUGAAUAUACUACAUAUUAUCAUUUGGUUAACAGUUCUCUAUCAA